GAGCGGCACCGGAAGCGAGCGCAUCACGUGACUAUACCCGGAAGCGGCUGCGCGGCGGCACGGGGGGCCAUGAGCGGCGGCACCGGGAACGGGAACGGCGACGGCAACGGGGCCGAGAGCGGGGCCGAGCGGCGGGUCCGCAUCGUGGUGGAGUAUUGUGAGCCCUGUGGCUUUGAGGCCACCUACCAGGAGCUGGCGAGCGCUGUGAGGGAGGAGUACCCCGACAUCGAGAUCGAGUCCCGCCUGGGGGGCACCGGUGCCUUUGAGAUCGAGAUCAACGGGCAGCUGGUGUUCUCCAAGCUGGAGAAUGGAGGUUUUCCCUACGAGAAGGAUCUGAUCGAGGCCAUCCGCAGAGCCCGCAAUGGGGAGCCCCUGGAGAAAAUCACCAACAGCCGCCCCCCCUGUGUCAUCCUGUGACCCCCCCGGGGACAGCAGGGUCCCCCCAUGCUGCCUUCCCUAAACCCUGCAGCCCUGGGGGGCUCAGGAGCCUCCUGGUGGCACUGGGGGGGCGUUGUGUCCCCUGCCUGACCUGCUGUGGGGUGGAUUUGGGGGGGUCUCCCACCUGCCUUUGCCUCUCCCCCCUCAGGGUACAGGCUUGGCACCCCCAUUUCUCUGUGCUGGGGGAUCUGGGGGGGUCUCCCAUGAAUGGGAGUUGGAGCAGCUCCCAGGGGAAUGCACAGGCUGUAGCUUUCCCUGGGAUGUGUUAAUGAUUAAAAUCCCUCUGGCACUGUUUAAUGCAGGCCAUGGGAAGGCCAGGCUGGCCCCACAGGCCCAGGUGUGUUCACACCCCCCCUGGCCAUUCCCAGCUCUGCUUCCUGCCUGGAAUGUCCCUGCCCUGGGCCUUGGGGUGAGGGGGUCCCCUAUUUAUUCUAUACUGUGUAUAAACCCAAAGGCCUGGGGGAAUAAAGGAUGGAGAAUGUG